UGGGCGAUCGAUGGGCAAAUAUCUGCAAGUGGACUGAAGAGCGCUGGGUUCUUUUACAAGAUAUUCUUCUAAAAUGGCAGCGUUUUACUGAAGAACAGUGCCGUUUUAGUACAUGGCUUUCAGAAAAAGAGGAUGCAAUGAAGAAGAUUCAAACAAGUGGCUUUAAGGAUCAAAAUGAAAUGGUAUCAAGUCUUCAAAAAAUAUCUGUGUUGAAAAUAGAUCUAGAAAAGAAAAGGCAAACCAUGGAAAAACUCAGUUCCCUCAACGAAGAUCUCCUUUCAGCACUGAAAAAUAAGUCAGUGACUCAAAAGAUGGAAAUCUGGAUGGAAAACUUUGCACAACGUUGGGAUAAUUUAGCACAAAAACUAGAAAAGAGUUCAGUACAAAUUUCACAGGCUGUCACCACCACUCAGCCAUCACUAACACAGACAACUGUAAUGGAAACAGUAACUAUGGUGACCACAAGGGAACAAAUCCUGGUAAAACAUGCACAAGAAGAACUUCCACCACCACCCCCUCAAAAAAAGAGGCAGAUUACUGUGGAUUCUGAAAUUAGGAAAAGGUUGGAUGUCGACAUAACUGAACUUCACAGUUGGAUUACUCGUUCAGAAGCUGUAUUGCAGAGUCCUGAAUUUGCAGUCUAUCGAAAAGAAGGCAACAUCUUAGACUUGAAAGAAAAAGUCAAUGCCAUAGCACGAGAGAAAGCCGAGAAGUUCAGAAAGCUGCAAGAUGCCAGCAGAUCAGCUCAGGCCCUGGUGGAACAGAUGGUGACUGAGGGUACUGAUGCUGAAAGUAUCAAACAAGCCUCAGAACAACUUAAUAACCGGUGGACGGAAUUCUGCCAAUUGCUGAGUGAGAGAAUUAACUGGCUAGAGUAUCAGAACAACAUCAUUACUUUUUAUAAUCAGCUACAGCAUUUGGAGCAGAUAACAACUACGGCUGAAAACUGGUUGAAAACCCAACCCACCAUUCCAACAGAGCCAAUCACAAUUAAAAGCCAGUUGAAAAUUUGUAAGGAUGAAGUCAACAGGCUGUCAAUUCUUCAACCUCAAAUCGAGCAGUUAAGAAUUAAGAACAUAUCACUGAAAGAAAAGGGACAAGGGCCAAUAUUCCUGGAUGCAGACUUUGUGGCCUUUACAAAUCAUUUUAACCACAUCUUUGCUGAUGUGCAGGCCAGAGAGAAAGAGCUACAGACAGUUUUUGACGCUUUACCACCAACGCGCUAUCAGGAGACAAUGAGCACCAUCCGGACAUGGAUCCAGCAGUCAGAAAAUAAACUCUCUAUACCUCAUCUUAGUGUCACGGAAUAUGAAAUAAUGGAGCAGAGACUCGGGAAACUGCAGGCUUUGCAAAGUUCUUUGAAAGAGCAAGAAAGUGGCUUCAGCUAUCUGAGCACCACUGUGAAGGAGAUGUCCCAGAAAGCGCCUUCAGAAAUAAGCCAGAAAUAUCAGUUAGAAUUUCAAGAGGUUGAGGGGCGCUGGAAGAAGCUCUCCACCCAGCUGAUGGAACAUAGCCAAAAGCUAGAAGACCAUAUGAAUAAACUUCGAAAAAUUCAGAAUCACAUAAAAACUUUGAAGAAAUGGAUGGCUGAAGUUGAUGUUUUUCUGAAAGAGGAAUGGCCUGCCCUGGGGGAUUCUGAAAUUCUAAAAAAACAGCUGAAGCAAUGCAGACUUUUAGUCAGUGAUAUUCAGACAAUACAGCCAAGUCUAAACAGUGUCAAUGAAGGUGGCCAGAAGAUAAAGAGUGAAGCUGAACAAGAAUUUGCAUCCAGAUUCGAAACAGAACUCAGAGAACUUAACAGUCAGUGGGAUUACAUGUGCCGCCAGGUCUACACCAGGAAGGAAGCCUUGAAAGCAGGUUUGGAUAAAACUGUCAGUCUCCAGAAAGACUUAUCAGAGAUGCAUGAGUGGAUGACACAAGCUGAAGAAGAAUAUCUAGAGAGAGAUUUUGAAUACAAAACUCCAGAUGAAUUACAGACUGCAGUUGAAGAGAUGAAGAGAGCUAAAGAAGAGGCACUACAAAAAGAAACAAAAGUGAAACUCCUCACUGAGACUGUAAAUAGUGUAAUAGCUCAGGCUCCACCUGCAGCACAAGAGGCCUUAAAAAAGGAACUUGAAACUCUCACCACCAACUACCAGUGGUUGUGCACAAGGUUGAAUGGAAAAUGCAAAACUUUGGAAGAAGUUUGGGCAUGUUGGCAUGAAUUAUUGUCAUACUUGGAGAAGGCAAACAAGUGGCUCAAUGAAGUAGAAUUGAAACUUAAAGCCACUGAAAAUAUUCCUGCAGGACCUGAGGAAAUCGCUGAGGUGCUAGAAUCUCUUGAAAAUUUGAUGCAACAUUCAGAAGAUAACCCAAAUCAGAUUCGCAUAUUGGCACAGACCCUAACAGAUGGAGGAGUCAUGGAUGAACUAAUCAAUGAGGAACUUGAGACAUUUAAUUCUCGUUGGAGGGAACUACAUGAAGAGGCUGUGAGGAAACAAAAGUUGCUUGAACAGAGUAUCCAGUCUGCCCAGGAGAUUGAAAAAUCCUUAAACUUAAUUCAGGAGUCCCUUGAAUUCAUUGACAAGCAGUUGACAGCUUAUAUUGCUGACAAGGUGGAUGCAGCUCAAAUGCCUCAGGAAGCCCAGAAAAUCCAAUCAGAUUUGACAAGUCAUGAAAUCAGUUUAGAGGAAAUGAAGAAACACAACCAGGGGAAGGAGGCUGCUCCAAGAGUUCUUUCACAAAUUGAUAUUGCACAGAAAAAAUUACAGGAUGUCUCCAUGAAAUUUCGAUUAUUUCAAAAACCAGCCAAUUUUGAGCAGCGUCUAGAGGAAAGUAAGAUGAUUUUAGAUGAAGUCAAGAUGCACUUGCCUGCGCUGGAGACAAAGAGUGUUGAACAGGAAGUAGUCCAGUCACAACUAAAUCACUGUGUGAACUUGUAUAAAAGCCUGAGUGAAGUGAAGUCUGAAGUGGAAAUGGUAAUUAAAACAGGACGUCAAAUUGUGCAGAAAAAGCAGACAGAAAAUCCGAAAGAGCUUGAUGAAAGAGUAACAGCUUUGAAAUUGCAUUAUAAUGAACUGGGUGCAAAGGUAACAGAAAAAAAGCAACAGUUGGAGAAAUGCUUGAAAUUGUCCCGCAAGAUGAGAAAGGAAAUGAAUGUCUUGACAGAAUGGCUGGCAGCAACAGAUAUGGAACUGACAAAGAGAUCAGCAGUUGAAGGAAUGCCAAGUAAUUUGGAUGCUGAGGUUGCCUGGGGAAAGGCUACUCAGAAAGAGAUUGAGAAGCAGAAGGCUCACUUGAAGAGUGUCACAGAAAUAGGAGAGGCCUUGAAAGCAGUGUUGGGCAAGAAGGAAACCUUGGUGGAAGAUAAACUGAGUCUUCUAAAUAGUAACUGGAUAGCUGUCACCUCUAGAGCAGAAGAAUGGCUAAACCUUUUGUUGGAAUACCAGAAACACAUGGAAACCUUUGAUCAGAAUGUCCAACACAUCACAAAGUGGAUCAUUCGCACAGAUGAGCUUUUGGAUGAAUCUGAAAAGAAGAAACCACAACAAAAGGAAGACAUUCUUAAGCGUUUAAAGGCCGAAAUGAAUGACAUCCGUCCAAAGGUGGACUCCACACGUGACCAAGCAGCAAACUUGAUGGCAAACCGAGGUGACCACUGCAGGAAAGUAAUAGAGCCGCAAAUCUCUGAGCUCAACCGUCGGUUUGCAGCCAUUUCUCACAGAAUUAAGACUGGAAAGGCCUCCAUUCCUUUGAAGGAAUUGGAGCAGUUUAACUCAGAUAUACAAAAAUUGCUUGAACCACUGGAGGCUGAAAUUCAGCAGGGGGUGAAUCUGAAAGAGGAAGACUUCAAUAAAGAUAUGAGUGAAGACAAUGAGGGUACUGUAAAUGAAUUGUUGCAAAGAGGAGAAAACUUACAGCAAAGAAUCACCGAUGAGAGAAAGCGAGAGGAAAUAAAGAUAAAACAGCAGCUGUUACAGACAAAACAUAAUGCUCUCAAGGAUUUGAGGUCUCAAAGAAGAAAAAAAGCUCUAGAAAUUUCUCACCAAUGGUAUCAGUACAAGAGGCAGGCUGAUGACCUCCUGAAAUGCUUGGAUGACAUUGAAAAAAAAUUAGCCAGCCUACCUGAACCCAGAGAUGAAAGGAAAAUAAAGGAAAUUGAUCGUGAAUUGCAGAAGAAGAAAGAGGAGCUGAAUGCAGUGCGCAGGCAAGCUGAGGGCUUGUCUGAGAAUGGGGCCGCAAUGGCAGUGGAGCCAACUCAGAUCCAGCUCAGCAAGCGCUGGCGGGACAUUGAGAGCAGUUUUGCUCAGUUUCGGAGACUCAACUUUGCACAAAUUCAUACGCUCCGUGAAGGAACGAUGGUAGUGACGACAGAAGAUAUGCCUCUGGAUGUUUCUUAUGUGCCUUCUACUUAUUUGACUGAGAUCAGUCAUAUCUCACAAGCUCUAUCAGAAGUCGAACAACUUCUAAAUGCUCCUGAACUCUGUGCUAAGGAUUUUGAAGAUCUCUUCAAGCAAGAGGAGUCUCUUAAGAACAUAAAAGACAAUCUGCAACAAAUCUCAGGUCGAAUUGAUGCUAUUCACACCAAGAAGACAGGAGCCUUGCAAAAUGCCACCUCUGUGGAAAGGGGGAAGCUACAGGAUGCAGUGGCGCAGCUGGAUUUCCAGUGGGAUAAAGUUAACAGAAUGUACAAGGAACGACAAGGGCGAUUUGAGAGAUCAGUUGAAAAAUGGAGACACUUUCAUUAUGAUAUGAAGGUAUUUAAUCAAUGGCUGAAUGAAGUUGAACAGUUUUUCAGAAAGACACAAAACCCUGAAAAUUGGGAACAUGCUAAAUACAAAUGGUAUCUUAAGGAACUCCAGGAUGGCAUUGGACAGCGGCAAAUUGUUGCCAAAACACUGAAUACAACUGGAGAAGAAAUAAUUCAACAGUCUUCAAAAACAGAUGCCAAUAUUCUCCAGGAGAAAUUAGGAAGCUUGAGUCUGCGGUGGCACGAGAUCUGCACACAGCUGUCUGAAAGGAAGAAGAGGAUUGAAGAACAAAAGAACGUCUUGUCAGAAUUUCAAAGAGAUUUAAAUGAAUUUGUUUUGUGGUUGGAAGAAGCAGAUAACGUUGCUAACACUCCACUUGGAAAUGAGCAGCAGCUAAAAGAAACACUUGAACAAGUGAAGUUACUGGCAGAAGAGUUGCCCUUGCGCCAAGGAAUUCUAAAGCAAUUAAAUGAAACGGGAAGAGCAGUACUUGUAAGUGCUCCCAUAAGACCAGAAGAGCAAGAUAAACUUGAAAAUAAGCUCAAGCAGACAAAUCUCCAGUGGAUCAAGGUCUCCAGAGCUUUGCCUGAAAAGCAGGGAGAACUUGAAGAUCACAUAAAAGAUUUUGGGAAAUUUGAAGAGCACCUAGAUCACCUGCUUCUGUGGCUAUCUCCUAUCAGGAAUCAAUUGGAAACUUAUAGCCAACCAAGUCAAACAGGACCAUUUGAUCUGAAGGAAACAGAAGUCACAGUUCAAGCUAAACAACCGGAAGUGGAAAGGCUGUUGUCUGAAGGGCAGCAUUUGUACAAGGAAAAACCAAGCACUCAGCCAGUGAAGAGGAAGUUAGAAGAUUUGAGAUCUGAGUGGGAGGCUGUAAACCAUUUACUUCGGGAGCUGAAGACAAAGCAGCCUGAUCGUGUACCUGGAUUGCCCGCUAUUGGAGCCUCUCCUGGUCAGACUGUUACUCUAGUGACACAGUCUGUGGUUACCAAGGAAACUGUCAUCUCCAAACUAGAAAUGCCAUCUUCUUUGCUGUUGGAGGUACCUGCUCUGGCAGACUUCAACCGAGCUUGGACAGAACUUACAGAAUGGCUUUCUUUGCUUGAUCGAGUUAUAAAAUCACAGAGAGUGAUGGUGGGUGAUCUCGAGGACAUCAAUGAGAUGAUCAUCAAACAAAAGGCAACACUACAAGAUUUGGAGCAGAGACGCCCCCAGUUGGAAGAACUCAUUACUGCUGCCCAGAAUUUGAAAAACAAAACCAGCAAUCAAGAAGCUAGAACAAUCAUCACUGAUCGAAUUGAAAGAAUUCAGAAUCAGUGGGAUGAGGUACAAGAGCACCUUCAGAACCGGAGACAACAGUUGGAUGAAAUGUUAAAGGAUUCAACACAGUGGCUAGAAACGAAGGAAGAAGCUGAACAGGUCAUAGGACAGGCUAGAGCCAAGCUGGACUCAUGGAAAGAGGGUCCUCACACGACAGAUGAAAUCCAAAAGAAGAUCACAGAGACCAAGCAGCUGGCCAAAGACCUCCGCCAAUGGCAGGUAAAGGUGGACAUGGCAAAUGAUUUGGCACUGAAACUUCUUCGGGACUAUUCUGCAGAUGAUACCAGAAAAGUACACAUGAUAACAGAGAAUAUCAAUGCUUCCUGGGGAAAUAUCCAUAAAAGAGUGAGUGAGAGAGAGGCGGCUUUGGAAGAAACUCAUGGGUUACUACAACAGUUCCCCCUGGACCUGGAGAAGUUUCUUUCCUGGAUUACAGAAGCUGAAACAACUGCCAAUGUCCUCCAGGAUGCUUCCCGGAAGGAGAAACUCCUAGAAGGCUCCAAGGGAGUCCGAGAGCUGAUGAAACAGUGGCAAGAUCUCCAAGGUGAAAUUGAAGCUCACACGGACAUCUAUCACAAUCUCGAUGAAAAUGGCCAAAAAAUCUUGAGGUCCCUGGAAAGUUCAGAUGAAGCAGCCCUGUUACAAAGACGUUUGGAUAACAUGAAUUUCAAGUGGAGUGAACUUCGGAAAAAGUCUCUCAACAUUAGGUCCCAUUUGGAAGCCAGUUCUGACCAGUGGAAGCGUCUGCAUCUUUCUCUUCAGGAACUUCGUGUGUGGCUACAGCUGAAAGACGAUGAAUUGAGCCGGCAGGCACCUAUUGCUGGUGAUUUUGCAGCAGUUCAGAAGCAGAAUGAUGUACACAGGGCCUUCAAGAGGGAAUUGAAAACUAAAGAACCUGUAAUCAUGAGUACUCUGGAGACUGUGAGAAUAUUUCUGACAGAGCAGCCUUUGGAAGGACUAGAGAAGCUCUACCAGGAGCCCAGAGAGCUUCCGCCUGAAGAGAGAGCCCAGAAUGUCACACGGCUCCUACGGAAACAGGCUGAAGAGGUCAACACCGAAUGGGACAAGUUGAACAUACACUCAGCUGACUGGCAGAGGAAAAUAGACGAGGCUCUUGAGAGACUGCAGGAACUUCAGGAAGCUGAAGAUGAGCUGGACCUCAAGCUGCGUCAAGCUGAGGUGCUCAAGGGAUCCUGGCAGCCAGUUGGGGAUCUCCUCAUUGACUCUCUCCAAGAUCACCUUGAAAAAGUCAAGAUACUUCGGGGAGAAAUUGCACCUCUUAAAGAGAAUGUCAAUCAUGUCAAUGACCUUGCUCGCCAGCUUACCACUUUGAGCAUUCAGCUCUCACCUUAUAACCUCAGCACUCUGGAAGAUCUGAACACCCGAUGGAAGCUUCUGCAGGUGGCUGUGGAGGAUCGGGUCAGGCAGCUGCAUGAAGCCCACAGGGACUUUGGCCCCGCAUCCCAGCACUUCCUUUCCACUUCGGUCCAGGGUCCCUGGGAGAGAGCCAUCUCACCAAACAAAGUGCCCUACUAUAUUAACCACGAGACCCAAACAACUUGUUGGGACCAUCCCAAAAUGACGGAGCUCUACCAGUCUUUAGCUGACCUGAAUAAUGUCAGGUUCUCCGCCUAUAGGACUGCCAUGAAGCUCCGAAGACUGCAGAAGGCCCUUUGCUUGGAUCUCUUGAGCUUGUCAGCUGCAUGUGAUGCCUUGGACCAGCACAACCUCAAGCAAAAUGACCAGCCCAUGGAUAUCCUGCAGAUCAUUAACUGUUUGACUACUAUUUAUGAUCGUCUGGAGCAAGAGCACAACAACUUGGUCAACGUCCCUCUCUGUGUGGAUAUGUGUCUCAACUGGCUUCUCAAUGUUUAUGAUACGGGACGAACAGGGAGGAUCCGUGUCCUGUCUUUUAAAACUGGCAUCAUUUCUCUGUGUAAAGCACACUUGGAAGACAAGUACAGAUACCUUUUCAAGCAAGUGGCAAGUUCAACUGGCUUUUGUGACCAGCGUAGGCUGGGUCUUCUUCUGCAUGAUUCUAUUCAAAUCCCAAGACAGCUGGGUGAAGUUGCCUCCUUUGGGGGCAGUAACAUAGAGCCAAGCGUCAGGAGCUGCUUCCAAUUUGCCAAUAAUAAACCUGAGAUUGAAGCGGCCCUCUUCCUCGACUGGAUGCGCCUGGAACCCCAGUCUAUGGUGUGGCUGCCCGUUUUGCACAGAGUGGCUGCCGCGGAAACUGCCAAGCACCAGGCCAAGUGUAACAUCUGCAAGGAGUGUCCAAUCAUUGGAUUCAGGUACAGAAGUCUAAAGCACUUUAAUUAUGACAUCUGCCAAAGCUGCUUUUUUUCUGGUCGAGUGGCAAAGGGUCAUAAAAUGCACUACCCCAUGGUAGAAUAUUGCACUCCGACUACAUCUGGAGAAGAUGUCCGUGACUUCGCCAAGGUACUGAAAAACAAAUUCCGUACCAAAAGGUAUUUUGCGAAGCAUCCCCGAAUGGGCUACCUACCAGUGCAGACUGUGUUAGAGGGGGACAACAUGGAAACGCCUGCCUCGUCCCCCCAGCUUUCACACGAUGAUACUCAUUCACGCAUUGAGCAUUAUGCUAGCAGGCUAGCAGAAAUGGAAAACAGCAAUGGAUCUUAUCUAAAUGAUAGCAUCUCUCCUAAUGAGAGCAUAGAUGAUGAACAUUUGUUAAUCCAGCAUUACUGCCAAAGUUUGAACCAGGACUCCCCCCUGAGCCAGCCUCGUAGUCCUGCCCAGAUCUUGAUUUCCUUAGAGAGUGAGGAAAGAGGGGAGCUAGAGAGAAUCCUAGCAGAUCUUGAGGAAGAAAACAGGAAUCUACAAGCAGAGUAUGAUCGUCUGAAGCAGCAGCAUGAGCGUAAAGGCCUGUCCCCACUGCCAUCUCCUCCAGAGAUGAUGCCCACCUCUCCCCAGAGUCCCAGGGAUGCUGAGCUCAUUGCUGAGGCCAAGCUACUGCGUCAACACAAAGGACGCCUGGAAGCCAGGAUGCAAAUCCUGGAAGACCACAAUAAGCAGCUGGAGUCUCAGUUACACAGACUGAGGCAGCUCCUGGAACAGCCCCAGGCUGAAGCUAAGGUGAAUGGCACCACAGUGUCCUCCCCUUCCACCUCUCUGCAGAGGUCUGAUAGCAGUCAGCCUAUGUUGCUCCGAGUGGUUGGCAGUCAAACUUCAGAGUCUGUGGGUGAGGAAGAUCUUCUGAGUCCUCCCCAAGAUACAAGCACAGGAUUAGAGGAAGUGAUGGAGCAACUCAACAACUCCUUCCCGAGCUCAAGAGGACACAAUGUAGGGAGCCUUUUCCACAUGGCAGAUGAUUUGGGCAGAGCGAUGGAGUCCUUAGUUUCAGUCAUGACAGAUGAAGAAGGAACAGAAUAAAUGUUUUACAACUCCUCAUUCCCGCAUGGUUUUAUAAUAUUCGUACAACAAAGAGGAUUAGACAGUAAGAGUUUACAAGAAAUAAAAUCUAUAUUUUUGUGAAGGGUAGUGGUACUAUACUGUAGAUUUCAGUAGUUUCUAAGUCUGUUAUUGUUUUGUUAACAAUGGCAGGUUUUACACGUCUAUGCAAUUGUACAAAAAAGUUAAAAGAAAACUACAUGUAAAAUCUUGAUAGCUAAAUAACUUGCCAUUUCUUUAUAUGGAACGCAUUUUGGGUUGUUUAAAAAUUUAUAACAGUUAUAAAGAAAGAUUGUAAACUAAAGUGUACUUUAUAAAAAAAAUGUUGUUUAUAAAACCCCUAAACAUACACACACGCCCACACACGCGCACACACACGCACACACGCACACACGCACACACAAUGAGGCAGCACAUUGUUUUGCAUUAUUUGAGCGUGGUAUUCAUAUGGAGUUCAUGAUUUCUUUUCUUGCAUAUUAAAGAUAGGACUUCCUCUAACACCACCAAAUGACUGCUUUAUAUUGCUCUUUUGAGAAUUGUUGACUGAGUGGGGCUGGCUAUGGGCUUUCAUUUUAUACAUCUAUAUGUCUACAAGUAUAAAAAAAUACUAUAGGUGUAUAGAUAAAUAGAUAUGAAAUUUCUUCUUCAAAUGUUCUUGCCACUUCCUAACGGAAAUAAAUUGCUUCUAGUCAUCUGGGUUUAUCUGCUUGGGCAAGAGUGAAUUUUCCCUGGAGCCUGAAGCCAGGAGAACACUACCAUACUAAAAUAUUGUCUCGGGCUCCAGAUGUUUCUAGUUUUAAACUUUCCACUGACAACUAGAGCUUCGAUUUUUUUUUUCAGGAACAUGUGAAUAAAUACACAGGACUCACUGUAUCAGAGUAAUCUGUUGGUUGAUAUAUUCAGCUUCCUGCUGCUGGCUAUGCCAUGGUUUAUAUGUAAUGAUGUUUCUGCAAAAGAGCAUCAGAAAGCAUUUUUCACUCCUGGACAAUAGGAGGAAGAUGGUAGGGGCUGAGACUUGUGACUCCCCAGUCAAUCCCAAUGAGGGAGCAGCUACUCUGUAAAAGAGUGGGAUGAAUAUUCACCACUCUACAUACAGACAUCUCUAUAAUCACAACGAAAUUGUUCUGCCCUCUUCUUUCACUCAAACUGAAGAGGGUAGUGUUGUUGUUGUUGUUGUUGCUGUUGCUGUUGUUGAUUUUUUAGAUUUUAGAUUUUGUUUUUUCAUUGUGAUGAGGUUUUUUUUUUUAAUGCUGCAAGAUUUAAGAUUAGUGGUAAGAAAGUAACCCAAUCACAUGGUGACCCUGGUGAAUGUCAAUCCAGAAGUCCAUGAACUGCAUUUGUCUUUUUGCAUUGGUUUCCCUGCAAGUAAUUCCAUACAGGACUGUGAGCGGGAAGGUGCAAGUUGACAGUUUCAAGAACAAAAGCCUCUCAGAACCCUCUGGUAAAUCUGACAGGCUAAAUUAUAAACAAAUGCAGAUUACUGAAAAAAAAAGAGGAGAAAAAGUGAAGGUGAAAGCUAAGGACUGGUAGGAAAAGCUUUACUUCCUCUUUCAUGCCAUUGUAUAACUACAGCAUUUACAAAUCAUCGUUUGACUAGAAAUCACUGUCCUAUUAUUUAGCAAAUCUGUUACCUCUAACUUCUAGUGUAAUUAACUUUUAGAGAGUGGAUUUUGUACAUUAUUAAUUGUAAUUAACAUCAAACACAGCUUCUCAUGCUAUUUCUACCUCACUUUGCUUUUGGGGUGUUCCUGGUAAUUGUGCACACCUAAUUUCACAGCUUCACCAAUUGUCUCUUGUGUGGACGCCAUUCUCUCUUUUUCUUUUAUAAUUUCCAAAAGAAAACCCAAAGCUCUAAGGUUAAAAAAAAACCAUUGUGAUUUGGUUUUAGUCUUGCAUUAUUUUUCUCUUUUAUGUGAUGCCGGAUAUUUUCUUUACCCAAGGGUUUAACUAAGAUUUAAAACAAGGGGUUACUUUACAACCUACUAAGAAGUUUUUUGUUUCAUUCUAAAAUCAGAGGUAGAUAGAGUGCAUAAAUUUGUUUUAAUCGUUUUGUUUUAUCUUUUAGAUGUUAGGUCUGGAUUGAAUCUAUCAAAAUAUUUGAACAAAAACUGAGAGCUUUAUUGCUGAGUUUAAGCGUAAUUUGGACAUCAUUUCAUGUUCUUUAUAACCAUCAAGUAUUAAAGUGUAAAUCAUAAUCAAUGUAACUGAAGCAUAACCAUCACAUGGCAUGUAUCACCAUUGUUUCCAAGUACUGGAUUCUUACUUGAGUAUCAUAAUAUAUUGUGUUUGAACACCAACACUGUAACAUUUACUAAUUAUUUUUUUAAACUUCGGUUUUACUUCAUUUUCACAACAUAUCAGACUUCACCAAAUAUAUGCCUUACUAUUGUAUUAUAUUACUGCUUUACUGUGUAUCUCAAUAAAGCACGCAGUUCUGUUU